UGUGUGUGUAGUUGUGUGUGUGUCCGGGCUGUGAUGGACCGCUGGAAGGGCAGGGUGGCUCUGGUCACCGGGGCUUCGGUCGGGAUUGGAGCCGCUAUUGUGAAAGAGUUGGUUCGGCACGGAAUGAAAGUGGUGGGCUGCGCCAGGGACGUGGACAAAAUACAGAAACUGGCAGCUGAGUGUCAAAGUGCAGGCUACAGCGGUGUUUUAGUGCCUUUCAAGUGUGACCUGCACAACGAGGAGGAGAUUCUGUCAAUGUUCUCUGCCAUUAAAUCCCAGCACCAGGGUGUGGAUGUGUGCAUCAACAACGCUGGCUUGGCUUAUCCAGAGCCACUGUUAAAUGGGAAAACCAGCGCCUGGAAAAGUAUGCUGGAUGUUAAUGUCCUUGCAUUGUCCAUAUGCACUCGUGAAGCCUAUCAGUCAAUGAAAGAGAGAAAUGUUGAUGAUGGACACAUCAUAAACAUAAACAGUAUGGGUGGACAUCGUGUAGUUCCCCAUGCUGAUGUCCAUUUUUACUUCGCCACAAAGUUUGCUGUGACGGCUCUGACGGAGGGUCUGAGACAGGAACUGCGUGAAGCCAAGACCCACAUAAGAGCCACCUGCAUCUCUCCUGGUCUUGUGGAAACUGAGUUUGCAUUCCGGCUCUAUAGCCAGAAUCCUGAAAAAGCUGCUGCUGCAUAUGCACAAAUAAAGUGUUUGGAAGUCACAGACAUUGCGAAUGCUGUGAUAUAUGCCCUAAGUGCCCCUCCCCAUGUCCAGAUUGGGGAUAUCCAGAUGCGACCUGUGGAGCAGAUUUCUUAGAUCUACACAAAAUAACAUGAACAACGAGCCUCUGAAACUUUCUUGAUCUGAUUGGAUUACUGUCAAACUCAAACACUAACCAAAAUAUAACCUUUGUAGUCACGUUUACCUUGUGUUUAAGACUCUUACGGAAUAAAGCCCCUUUGUACAGCAGUUAUUUACUGUGUGUCAACUUUAUUACAGAAAUAAAAUUUGUUGUGCAUGACAUGAUCAAAUGUUAAACAUGUAUGAAAUGUCCACUAGACGGUACAGUGCAAAGGCCUGGCACUGGUGAAAGAAGGGCAGAGGCAAUGAUAGAUUUCGAUCACGUGACCUGUGCAUAGUGUGCCUGGUUUAGAUUAACGUUUACAAUAGCCAUAGAUUUACAUUAUUUAUGUACAAGACCCUUUGUCCACAAAUAACCACAUGGAGACCUCAAAUUACUUUGUAAGUUUUUUUUUGUUUUUUCAAGAAGAUAGUAGGAUUAAUAA